GACUUUUAUUGCGGGCGUAAAACUACACUGCGGCUUAGAGCACGAUGACGUUCGGCGUGCAGCGCAUUCUGCUGCUGGUGGCACUGAGUGUGGCAGUGCUGAAGCCGUUUACGGCCACGCAUGGCGCCCCCGCUGAGUCAGUAUUCGAUGUCGCUGCGAAGGCAGAGGAGGCGGCAGCAUCCAAGGAGCGCAACCUGCAGCGUAACAUUGCGGACGACCGGGUGAACAUUUUGUACUGCACGGCGUGCGGCUACCAGCAGAAUUUCAACCAGAUCAAGACGUACCUGGAAGACACUUUCCCGCAUCUGGUGGACAGGGUCUACGGCGCCAAUUACGAAGUGGACCCAUACAAAACGAUGCUAGCCCAGUUCUUGGGCUACGCACAGGCGACGGCGAUGAUUUUACUGUUGUUUGGGGAAUAUGUGAGUGCAAUUGAAAGGUGUGGAGAGUUAGAUGUGGAGAUUCUGACUUGGAGUGUCAGAUACUGCCUGCUCUAGGCGUGGACAUGACGAUGCUGCGCUGGGCGCGGGACAACCGCAUCGCGGCCUUCUUCAUUGUAAUGUUCAUGGGGACUGCUGCCAGUAGUUUGACGGCAUCGGGGGCGUUCGAGAUCUACUUCAACGACGACUUGAUCUUCUCCAAGCUGGAGACUGGGCGGUGGCCGACGCUCCUGGAGGUGUCCAACUCCAUUGGCGAGUACGGACUUCUGGAAAGCGUGGCAGCUUGAGUGAAUAACUUUUGACAAUCCAGAGGCUUCGAGCUAUCAAUUCCUGAACACACGACGUAGAUAUAGUCUUAGUCUACGGCGUUAUAAAGUGCCUACGAAGAACAACUCGGUCAUCUUUGUGUAUUUGCA